CUAUGAAGCCGUCACCUUUACCACUGGUCAAAUUACUGUCUACAGGACCAGAAGAUACAGUUCACUCCAAAGAGUUGACAGAACUAGAGGUGGAGACACUGAAAGAGAACAUGUCCACAGCUCACAAACGUAUAGAACAUCUCACGGAGUUGUCAAGUGAAAAUGAGGCUACAGUAAUGCGAUUGGAGGAGCAGGCAAAAAUCCUGAAAGAAGAAAUUCGUCGAUUGGAGCGGAAUCAGCAACGUGAAAAAGAGGCAGCCAACAUGGAGUACCUCAAGAAUAUUCUCCUGAAGUUUCUGAGUCUGAAGGUCGGAGAUGAGCGACAGCAGCUUGUACCAUUGCUGACUACUAUGCUCAAACUCAGCCCCGAGGAAAAGACAACUCUGGAUGCAGCUGCUUAG